AUGUUUCAAGUAGCUCGGAACGUCCUGGUGACCGGCACCAACCGGGGAAUUGGGUUUGGACUGGUGAAAGAGCUGGUGAAGUUGAACCCGCCUUCUGGACAUAUUUUUGCAACUUGUAGGAACCCUACUGGACCUGAAUCAAAGGCUUUGCAGAAUUUUGCUAGUCAGCACGACAACACUCGCGUGGUUCAAUUAGAUACGACAGAUAUUUCCAGUAUCAGGCAGGCUGUGUCAGAAGUGGAAUCCCAUCUGAAAGGACGAGGGCUCAAUCUGCUAAUCAAUAAUGCUGCUGGAAUGUCCCCAGGCCUUUUCCUGGAAAACGUGGAUCAGGAAGAUAUGCUAUUGUCAUACAAGACCAAUACAGUGGGGCCCCUCCUAAUUGUCAAAGAAUUCCUGCCUCUCCUGAAGAAGGCUGCCAAGGAGACCACAAAUGAAAACAUGGGAGGCAACAAGGCAGUUGUCGUCAAUGUGUCCUCUGUAGUUUCCUCCUUUGGACUGGGUUUUACAUCCUUUGGACAACCUGUUCCUCCAAUGUACCAAUAUCGUGUCAGCAAGACGGCGCUGAACAUGGUCAGUGCCUGCCUUGCAGAGGAACUGAAAAAGGAUGGAAUUGUAUGUGUUCCGCUCCAUCCUGGAUGGGUGAAAACAGACAUGGGAACAGAACAGGCCCCCGUAACAGUGGAGACCUGUAGUAAGAGUAUGAUGAAGGUCAUUGCUGGCUUAGAUUUGUCAUCAUCUGGCACUUUUUUGGAUUGGGAGGGAAAAAAGUAGUCUGGUGAACA